AUGCUCUGUCUAUCGUGGUCGCCGUGGGCUUGUAGCAUCAACAGCUUGAAAGCGAGGAAGAAGCAGUGGGAUACCAUCUCGCUGGUUUCUAGUAUUUUCCAUUCCCUUUCCCCUUCCCGGUUUGUAUUGCAGCCGGGAGAAAAUUUCACUGGAUUUGCUAUUUUGGCAUCAGAAGAAACUUCGCAAACAAGGAAUUUUAUCUUGCAAACGCUAGCUAAGGUUAACGUUAUACAAACACGGUCACAAGCUGAUGGCGGCCACUGUAGAGGAGCUGUAUCGAAACUAUGGGAUCCUUGCAGACGCAAAGGAUAACUUGAGUCAGCACAAGGAUGCGUAUCAAGUCAUUCUGGAUGGGGUGAAGGGGGGCCCGAAGGAGAAACGCCUGGCGGCCCAGUUCAUCCCUAAAUUCUUCAGCAGUUUCCCUGAACUGGCUGACGCUGCCAUCAACGCACAGCUUGACCUAUGUGAAGAUGAAGAUGUCUCAAUCCGAAGGCAGGCUAUUAAGGAACUCCCUAGAUUUGCUGCUGGAGAAAACCUUCCUAGAGUGGCGGACAUCCUGACACAGCUUUUGCAAACAGAUGAUUCUGCAGAGUUCAACCAAGUGAACACAGCAUUGAUCUCCAUAUUCAAGAUUGAUGCCAAAGGUACUUUGGGCGGUCUGUUCAGCCAGAUACUGCACGGAGAGGACAUUGUGCGGGAGCGCGCUAUUAAGUUUCUCUCCACCAAACUCAAGACGAUGCCUGAAGAUGUCAUGACAAAAGAAGUUGAAGACCAUAUUUUCACUGAAACCAAGAAAGUGCUGGAGGAUGUGACGGGGGAGGAGUUUGUGCUGCUGAUGCGCAUCCUGUCCGGCCUGAAGAACUUGCAGACGGUGAGCGGCCGGCAGCAGCUGGUGGAGCUGGUGGUAGAGCAGGCCUUCCUGGAGCAGGCGCUCAACCCGGCCGACGCCGACGCCGUAGACCGUCUGCUGCAGUGCACACGUCAGGCUCUGCCCCUGUUCUCGAAAAAUGUGCAUUCCACACGUUUUGUGACGUAUUUUUCUGACCACGUCCUGCCAAAUCUCAGCACAUUGACCAGCCCAGUGGCGGAACUCGAUAUCCAACUUGAGGUUUUGAAGUUGUUGGCAGAAAUGAGUCCGUUCUGUGGUGAUAUGGAGAAGCUGGAAAACAACCUCAAGAUGUUGUUUGAGAAACUCCUGGAGUUCAUGCCGCUACCCCCAGAGGAAGGUGAGCACGGGGAGAACGCGGCCAACGAGGAGCCCAAGCUGCAGUUCAGCUACGUGGAGUGCCUCCUGUUCAGCUUCCACCAGCUUGGCAAGAAGAUGCCCGACUUCCUCAUUGACAAAAUCGAUGCAGACAAGUUGAAAGAUUUCAAAAUCAGGUUGCAGUACUUUGCCAGAGGACUGCAGGUGUACAUUCGUCAGCUCAGAGUUGCACUGCAGGGCAAGACAGGGGAGGCGCUUAAAACGGACGAGAACAAAAUCAAAGUGGUGGCUUUGAAAAUUACAAACAAUAUCAACGUCCUUAUCAAGGAUCUCUUUCACAAUCCUCCCUCCUACAAAAGCACAGUCACGCUGUCCUGGAAGCCAGUGCAGCGGGAGGCUGCCGCCGUAGGUGAGAAACGACCACCUGGGGACGACGUGGGCACUGGCACCACCGUGAAGAAACUGGCACCAGCGCUGCCCAGGAGAGACGCCCGCCAGAUCUACAACCCACCCAGUGGCAAAUACAGUGGUACCAUCGGCAACUUCCCAUAUGAACAGCGUGGUGGUUUCCGAGGAGGUAGAGGUCGAGGCUUUGGAGGCAGAGGCAACCGGAGCCGAGGAAGGAUCUACUGAGUGGGGAAGGACUGUCUGUUACCACAUAUAACACACACAAACUGAGGCAAAAGAAGACCAUUGGUGCGCUGAGCUUGAUCACCUCAGUGCCAUUGUCCAAUCAACAGCGCAGUUUUAGAUCCUGUUUUUGUUCUUUCCAAGAGAAUUUUUGAUCCCUUCCAGAGAAUGAUCCUCAUCACAUUUUGUUGUAGUUUUUCUUCUUUGCCUGACCUUUUUGUGGAACAAGGACUGCCAACUUGUACUUUGAUAGUUUGUUUUUGAUUGAUGGAGAAAAAAAUGAUUGUUUUACAAAAUGACUUACAUUGUACCUUUUUUAUUUAAUCUUUUAAUUUUUUUAGAGAUUCAUGUUUGACGUAGAGAAACCUGUUGCAAGUUUGUAAAAUCCUGAUAAUGUUUUUCAUCUGAAUUUUUAUCAUAAACUUGUCUUUGAAGUCACAUGUUGCUGUUCUUUGAUUUAGAUUUGUAAGUUUAUUAGGCAUACCAUAGGAAGAACUUCUAUUUAAUAUAACAGUCAUUGUGAGAAACAUAUUACUACUCGCGAUUGUCUAUACAGUAGUCUGACAGUAUUGAUCAGUGUUUUUUUUUUUUUUUUUUUUAUUUACAUUUUUUGAGAAGUGAAAUUUGCUUAAUCAUGGGUGGGAGUCAAGUAUUGUAGUGUGAUGUUGCUUUUAAAAAUGUGAGAUUGUAGGGAACAUCACAGUAAUCCAUCAGCAAUCAAAAGUACUGUUAUUGGCACUGGUGGGGAAUCCACUUCAGAUUUGAAGGGUAUUAACAAAGUAAAUGUGCACUUCUAUCCAAAGUAAUGUGCAGUAGAGGCCUCUAUCACAAACCUGAUUUCACUGACCAAUGAUCUGACCAUCAGCUUUUAAAGAGUUUAGAACCAGGGGUAGAAAUUGGUGGGAUUGCAGGUGUUUAUUUCUAAUUUAUUUGAUUUUAAAAUACUGCUUUCUUUGCAUUCCUCUGUCUGUUUUUAAUGUAUGCAUAUUGGCUAAAGUUGACAUUUUCACUUACUUUUGAGCAUGAAUAUUAAUAGUAAAAAUAUCCUCUUAUUAUCCACAUUCAAAA